AUGUCGAAAGUCGUUCGCAGUGUCAAAAAUGUCACCAAGGGCUACUCGUCAGUGCAGGUCAAGGUGCGCAAUGCUACCAGCAACGACCCCUGGGGCCCAACGGGCACAGAAAUGAGCGAGAUUGCCGCUAUGACAUUCAGCAGUCCCACGGACUUUUACGAGAUCGUCGAGAUGCUCGAUAAGCGACUGAACGACAAAGGGAAAAAUUGGCGCCACGUUCUUAAGUCACUUAAGGUUUUGGAUUACUGUCUUCACGAGGGUUCGGAGAUGGUGGUGACCUGGGCGAGGAAGAACGUCUAUAUUAUCAAGACUCUACGGGAGUUUCAGUACAUCGAUGAUGAGGGGCGCGACGUUGGCCAGAAUGUGCGAGUGUCUGCCAAGGAGCUUACGGCGUUGAUUCUCGACGAAGACCGCCUGCGAAGUGAGCGAUCUGAUCGGAAACUGUGGAAGUCUCGCGUCAGCGGCAUCGAUGAGGGCGGAAUUCAAGGAGGAGGGUUUGGAGGGUCCGAUUCCGGCCGUCGGCCUGACCGCGAAAGGCGCGAUCGCCGGCGCAACGACGAGGAUGAUGCAGAAUAUCGACUGGCUAUUGAGGCCAGCAAGCAUGAAGCCGAAGAGGACAGGAAGCGACGAGAACGAUCAGGCAGGGCCGCUGCCACUGCCGAUGACGAUGACGAUCUUGCCAAGGCGAUCAAGCUGAGCAGAGAAGAAGAAGAACUUCGCAAGCGCGAGUUGGAAGAGAGCAAUGCCCAGUCGCUAUUCGACGACACCCCGGUUCAACCGACCCAGGCGCAGCCCACAGGCUUCAAUCAAGGCUACCAGCAACAGCCCGCGGUGGAUUGGUUUGGAAACCCUAUCGACACCCAGCAGCCCCUGACAACGGGCUACCUCAACAACCAAUACGCGCAGCAGCCCACAGGCUUUCAGCCUCAACAAACCGGCUUCCCCGGUGGUUACCAGGUCCAGCCGAAUGGCUUCGACCCGUCUCAACAGUUUGGACAGCCGCAAAACAACUUCUUCCAAUCUCAGAACUUGCAACCUCAGCAAACUUCAUUCAACAACAACAAUCCUUACGGAAAUACCGGCGGCUUUGGCCAACCGCAGCAGCAACAACCGCAGCAGCAAGACAACUUUUUGCAGCCUGGUACUCACAACCCCUGGGCUACCAACAACCAGCAAACGCCCGACACCCUCAAACCUUUGCCCACUGGAUCAAACAACCCCUUUGCCUCGUCCAUUAACCGACCAGCGUCACAGCCAGCCAGAACUGGUCCCCCUACGUUGAGCACCUUGGCAGAGCAACAAGCGACAACCGCGUUUAGCAACUAUCCAUCUGGACCAAACCCGAUCGCUAACUUCCAGGCGCCCAACCCUGCGCAACCGAGACGAGAUGACAACAACCCUCAACACGCCCGCCUUAAUGCCUUGCUUGCUAGCGGCGAAGGCCAGGAUACAUUCGGCAAUGUCGGCGAUCUCCGUCUACCUUCUCACCACACUGCUGCCACAUUCAUCAAUUCUGCAGGUCAAGGGGUGCAAUCGGCACCGACAGGGAACAAUCCAUUUUUUAACCAGCAAUUCACCGGCGUGCCACAACAAACCGGCUUCGUCCAGCAGAACAACCCUUAUAGUGGUCAGCAACGCCAGCAGCAGGGCGGAAGUUUGAUCGAUUUGUAG